UUAAAACGACAGCAUGACGUCGCCCCCGGUGUCCUGAAACCGUGACGCCACUGGCCCGUACAGUAACACACGUGCGUGUGUAAGUGGCGGUGAGUCAAGCUAUCGCGGGACCUUUUAUUAAAAGCUAACUUUAGUUUAUGUGUGACUAUUUACGCCGGUGACCCCCGUUUCAGCCAGCUGCCCCGGUUAUUUUAUAUUUUUUUGCACGGCGAGGGAAGAUAACGCCGAAGUUUAAAUCCCCGCUCUCCCCGGCCGCCCAUCGAGAGCGAUCAGCCGAACUUGUCCCGGGCCUGGUUCGACUCAAAGCCGUCGACCGCCAGAAGAAGGCGAACAUGUGCCAGGCGAAUGAAGAUAACAAGGACGUGGAUCCGCCGCGCGUUGGGAAGCCAAGUGUGGGCACCGUCUGCAUGAAGUGCAAGGAGCGCAGGGCGUCCAUGCUGAUCCGGGUCAACGACCCCUUCUGCAGGGAAUGCUUCCACGAGUAUUUUGUGCACAAGUUCCGCGCCGUCCUGGGAAAACGCAAAGUCAUCGAGCCCGGGGAGAAGGUGUUGGUGGCCGUUUCAGGAGGAGCGUCGUCAUGCACUCUGCUCGCUCAAGUGCAGCUGGGCCUGAGUCGCGAGUCUCACAAGCGGCUGAAGUUCAUCCCUGGGCUGGUGCACGUGGACGAGGGAGCCGCGUGUGGGGAGACUGUGGAGGAGCGCGUCGCGGCAAACGCACGGAUCGAGGAGAUAUUCAAGCAGAGCGGCUUCCCCUACUAUAUCGUGCCCCUAGAGCAGGCGUUGCGUUUGGGAAGCAAUGGAGAAUGCAGUGCAAUGGAAAGUGGCAGACAGAGAUUUGGGCAGGGUGCUGGGCAGGGUGCUGGGCAGGGUGCUGGGCAGGGUGCUGGGCAGGGAGCUGAGCAGGAUGCUGACAGGCAGGGUGCUGGGCAGGGUGCUGGGCAAGGUGCUGGGCAGGGUGUUGAGCAGGGUGCUGGGCAGGGUGCUGGGCAAGGUGCUGGGCAAGGUGCUGGGCAGGGUGUUGAGCAGGGUGCUGGGCAGCGUGCUGAGCAGGGUGCUGGGCAAGGUGCUGGGCAGGGUGCUGAGCAGGGUGCUGGGCAGCGUGCUGUGCAGCGUGCUGGGCAAGGUGCUGGGCAGGGUGCUGAGCAGGGUGUUGAGCAGGGUGCUGGGCAGGGUGCUGGGCAGAGUGCUGAGCAGGGUGCUGGGCAGCGUGCUGGGCAGGGUGCUGACAGGCAGGGCGUCGGGGCGAGUGCGGAGGAGACGGAGGCGCUGUGUGGGAUGUUCCGGGCGACGAGGACGCUCACGGCCAGGGAGGAUCUCCUCUUCUCGCUCCGUCUGCGGGUGUUGCUGUGGCUGUGCCGCCGCCGUGGCUACACCAAGGCGAUGCUGGGGGAGUCCUGCACCCGCGUGUCCGUGAGGAUCCUCGCGGGACUCGCACUGGGGCGCGGCGCGGGCCUCUCGCAGGACACGGGUUUCUGCGACGACCGCUUUGGCGACGUGCUGUUCGUGCGUCCCAUGCGGGAGCUCUCGGCCAAGGAGGUGGCGCUGUACGUCCACGCGUUCGGCGUGCGCACCGCAUGGAGGCCCGCACUCAGCACGCGGGCCGGCAAUCAGGCGAGCAUCACGAGUUUGACGGAGGCGUUUGUGACGGAACUUCAGGCGGAAUUCCCAUCAACCGUCUCCACCAUCUACAGAACCGGGGAGAAGAUCGGAACGGACGACGUGGCUCGGGCGGCGGAGAAGUGCGUGCUGUGCUCGGCCUUCCUCGACACGGACGCAGUGGCGGCUUCGGCUUUGCAAGCAGCCCUCAUGUCGGAGAAGCUGUCGAGCAAACACCGCGUCGACCCCCCCCCGCCGUGCGGUGGUGCGGCUCAGUGCAGCUCCGGGCAGGGGGCUUGUUGCCGUGACAGCGGAGCGGACCAUUUCGUUAACGGGGAGUCUCUCUCACAAGCUCUGUGUUACGGGUGUCGGCUGACUGUGAACGACAUGGACGAGGCGAAGCUCCUGCCGCCGUUCGUUUUGGCUGAAGCGGAGCAGCGGGAGAAGAGGCGUCUCCUUAAGGCACAGAUCCAGGAGUUUUUGCUGGAAGACGACGAUGGUGGCGUUGAUGAGGACGAGACCCUGUGAUCCAUCACACAGAGACCCUCGUGAUGUCAAUGAUGAGCUAUGAGGGCUGGGGGGGGGGGGGGUUGCCCC